UUUUAAAUAGUAAUGAUAGUCUGUAAUAAUAUCUGUUGGAUUAUAAUAUUUACAAUAUUAUUCUUAGUACAUCGUAAUGCUACGUAUAAGAAAAAUGUCUCAUGGUAAAAUGCCAGUAGAUUUGGACAGAAACGUGGUAUUUUGAAAAUCUUUUACAAACCAUGGGCGGGAUUAUUUCAGUAUUCUUUUGAGAUGGGCUGAAAAAAACUCCAUAAGUCGGUCAAUGAACUCCACUUGCUUUUGUAGAGAAGAUCCUGUGGUAUUUUUGGUACCAUACAGUUAUCACUUACAAAAUUACGAGAAUUUCAAUGGAUUUUUAUGAAAACUAUGAACCGAAUUUUCUAUGGAAGAAGAGGAAAACGGGAGCGGUAUUAGCAACCAUAUAAGGCAAAUAAUAGAACAUUACAAACAGCCGGAUCCAGUUGGGCUGCCAGGAAUUCCGAUUCCGGAUCCCAUGCCUAUUCCUGAUAUAAAAUUUCAACAAUCGCUCGUUAAAAUUAACUUGCAGAACGUGACUGUACACGGUUUGUCUAAAUUUAGAAUCGAUCAAGUCUUUUCAAACAUGGCUAAAAUGCAGGUAGAAGCUGCCUUGAAAUACGCCAGAGUGGAAAUCCGCGGAAACUACACUAUGAUGCCACUUUUAGGCUCUGUGCGCUCUGACAAAUUUAAUAUUUCAUUAGUAGGUGUGUAUUUCGAGGCGUUGGCACUGCUUGAAGUAGCUCAUUUGGGUAACUUAGAGGCGACAGACAUAAAGAUGGACAUAACAUUUGAUGAUAUGAAACUGGAUUUUAAAAACGUUGGCUUUCUUGCAUCACUUUUACAAGGGAUGAUAAAUGCACUUAGCAGUUUUGUUUUUGACAGUGUAAAGCCUUAUAUAUUGAAAGAAGUCAAUACAAAUGUUAGAGCAGAUAUCAACAAAAUUCUAAAAUCUUUGAAACAGACCUUCCCCAAUUCUAUACCUCCAUUUGAUUUGAUCGUCGCAGAACUACGGAAAUAUGUGAGGGAAAACGAUUACGAUCCGUAUAAAAUACCGGAUUACAAUUAUAAUCCGGGUAUAUUCGGAGUUGAUAUAACGAAUAUUUGGAUUUCUGGAUUGGCCACUUUUUUUCGCGUCGGCAACGUCACUGUAACGAUGAGCAACAAUACCCUUUCUACAUAUAUACAUAUAUCGACAAGAAGAUUGCACGGGCAGUGCAAAUGGGAAAUACCCGGAGUCAAAAAACUAGCAUCACCUGGUAUAACAAGUUUUACUAUCGAACAUAUGGAAAUUGAAACAAAAUUCAAUCAAAGCCUGGACAUAAGAAAAACUCCGGUCCUUGAAGAAUUGAAACUGAAAAUCGGAAAUAUACAGUUAAGAAUGAACGGAUUAGGAACGUUCGAUUAUCUAUUGGAAUUUGUCGCUAAUUUUUUGCCCAAUAUCUUGAGAUAUCAGAUCAGCGAUGCAAUCGAAACACCGCUCAAAGAACGGAUACAGAAUACAUUAAAUAUAAUUGAUCUUGAAAACCAGGUAGACACAAUUUUAAACCAAUUCGAUGCGUUAACAUACGGAAAUAAUACAGGCGAUUUAGAUUUUCCAGAUGUUUAUGAUGAUGACUUCUUCGAGGAUAUUUCCAUGUAAUACUCAGCACGCUUUUAUUUAUUUUUGUAAAAUUUGAAACAUUUACAUUGAAGGUCAGCUACUUAAGAACAAUAUUUAAAAUAUCAUAAUUGUAUUUGCAAUGUAGUGGCUGAUUGUGUUUUUAUGAAGUCAUAAGACUGAUAAUAUAUGAUUUGUACAUUAAAUCGUGCUGAUAAAAGACAGUUGCACUAUGAAAGAAUCACAAUUAAAAAAUUAAAUGUAUAUAUUUCAAUGUAAAUCGUCAACAAUCAGUUCUUUUAUUGUAAAUUCUUUGUAAAGAAUCCAAGCCAGAAUUAAGUAUUAUUACAUUUUAUUAAAUUGUUAAAAUAUUAAUUUAUUUUUGUUAUAUUACUAGGAAUAUAUUGUAUAUAUUUUAUGUGACUUAUUUAAUUUAUAAAAUUUAUACUCAUUUUAAUUUGCCUUAGAUAAGUGUUCUGCUAGAAUGGAACUUAAUUUAUUUUUAAAUGUGCACAUUUGUACCCUUUAAAUCUUUCAUGGUGGAUCGCAGCAGUCGAUGGGUUAGGGUGUUACACUCUAGCCUUAUGGACUCCCAUUUACACAAAUCAAAUUAUUAUUAAUUGUCCAUUAAAAUUUUACGUGUAUUUAUUAUGAUUUAUAAUAAAAAAGCUGUUAAUUA